AUGAUGUCCAUUCUCUUACCAACCGUCUAUCUAUGGAUGGUGGACCUCUUGUCACUCCAACGUGGCACGUGGGUCAUAGAAAAGGGAACAAAGCUAGACAUUCAAUUCUGGGGAUUUCUAGACAUCGAAGAAGCAACCUUCUUCUUCCUCAGCAAUGUCAUGGUUGUAUUUGGCAUGGUUACCAUGGACCACGCCAUUGCAUUGGCUCAAUAUGACAUUGUUAUCUCGGAGUCACCCGGACGGUCACUUCCUCCAAUAGCUCAAAUUGCUUGGUCGUAUAUGGCCCAACGGCGAAAGCCUCUUGAUGUCGGUUUUUUAGAUGGGCUUCGCGCGGCAGUGACUGAGCUCUCACGCAAAAGCCAGAGCAUGUACCUAGGAAGCGCAAUGUUCCAGGACGGACUGCGAGUUGAUCUUAUCUUUCUAUACUCAUUCUGUAGAGUCAUCGAUGACUUGGUCGACGAGGCUCCUACUCGUGAAAAGGCCCAAGAGAGCAUCAAGGAGGCGUCUCAAGUCCUGCACUGGCGAUUUUCCACCAAGAGCCCCAGAAAGCCUCUGUACGACUACCUUAAGGCCGACAAGGACAAUAAAUUCGGCUCAAAUUCGACUCCUUUGCUCAAUUCAAUCGCACUACUACCUGCCUCUCGACUAAGUCUGGGACCAUUAAUUGAACUUUUAUCUGGAUUUGACAUGGAUCUUUUGUUUUCCGCUGAAAAGAACGAAUUCCCCAUCGAGACGGAAAAGGAUCUAGAGGUUUACGCUCAGCGUGUCGCUGGCACCGUUGCAGCCGGUCUGCUGGAACUAGUCUUCAGUCACUCUGAAGUACAGUACAGUACUGCGCAACGGGAGAAGAUUAUCAAUGCAGGUCAGAAAAUGGGCCAGGCGUUGCAGUAUGUCAAUGUUGCGCGCGAUAUUAAACGGGACGCAGCGAUUAACCGAGUCUACAUACCAACUAUGUGGUUGAAGACGAAAGGAUUAACACCUACUGAUGUGAUUAAUAACCCGGAGGAUCCUGCAUUAGCUACAUUCGAGUCUCAGAUGCUUGUCAAGGCAGAUAGUGCAUAUCAGUCGAGUGUGGAUGCGAUUGACGAGUUACCGAGAGAUGUUCGAGGGCCUGUCAAGACUACCGUUGAGAGUUAUAUGAUGAUUGGACAGAUGGUUCGCAAGGCACGGCAAGACGCGAUUAAAAUAGAGGGAAAGCUCAAAGUCCCAUUGUGGCGCAGGUUGACGCUUGCAUGGAGGGAGAUGUAUGUCAAUCACUAG